UAGGGCUCAGUUGAUGUCCCAGCUCUUCCUGUCGCCUCCAGGAUUUACAAUCCCGGCUAUUCAACCAUCGGGGAGACUCCCCGGCCCCCCAACUUCUUCGGUCCUUGAACCCAACCUGCCCUUUAAAGUAACGGUCCUAAUUCGAGAGGAGGAUCUUCGGACCCCGCCCCCUCCCCUCGGGGAGCCGCCCCCAGAAGGGUCAGAGCGAAUGCUGCGGCCGCGCGGAGGCAGAGAGAGCUCCUGGUACCCAACUCUGAGGAGGUCGCAUGGGCAAGGCUGACUGUGCCGCGGGUCCCUUCCAGGGUUCCUUGCAAAUAUCCCAGUGAUCCCUAAAUCUCCUCAGCUUUAGGCCCACCUGCUCUGCCUCUGGUAUAAAAGCCAUUAUUCCCAGCAUGUCAGGAAGACUUUCUUGGUUCCUCCUCCUCCUCCUGAUCGGGAGUUUCUUCUGGAACCCCUCAAAUUCUUCAUCUUUGUUGAAGACUCUCAAACAUACAGCUCCAGGGGCUUUUCCUGCAGCCGUGGAGACGUCCAGUGGGGUCUAUGAGUUUGUGAGAGGCUGGCAACUAGACUGGUGGGAUGCCCACAACUUCUGUGACCAGCGUUUUGCCCAGCUGGCUGUGGAGCCCCAAGAUGAGGCUGUGACUGAGCUACUUCAGAGAAAAGUGCAGGGUCCCAUCUGGCUGGGCCAGAGGACAGCCUUGCUACAGAGACGGCAGCAAAAGCGCACGCAUACGCUGCCCAGCCUGGUGUUCGGGGCGCAGACAGAUACAAGGCACGCCAGGCUGCUGGUGGGCUUCCCCACGCUGGCAGCCGUCACAGUCUGCACCCAUCUCCAGUGGGACCUGGCCGUGGGCAAGGAGGGCACCAUCUUCUCCUACGCUGUGCCAGCCUUCUCCAACGAGCUCCUGCUGCGAGGUCUCACCGCCCACGACGGGUUGGUCCACUUGGCCCUCGUUGUCCACGGGCACCACUCCCCCUACCUGCCGGUCUUCCCUGCAGAUGGAGGCUGGCACCAUGUCUGUGCCACGUGGGAGAAGUGGAGGGGUCGCUGGGCCCUUGGGGCCGACGGCGAGAUGCGGGCAGGAGCCCAGAGCCUGUCCCCGGCCCAGUCCUUGGCUCCAGGAGGCGUGUUUGUUAUUGGGCAGGACCAGGACUCCUUGGGGGGCAACUUCAAGAAGGAAGAGGCCUUCAGAGGCAACAUCACCAAUCUGUCUGUGUGGGCCCGAGUCCUGGGCCCGGAGCAGCUGGACAUGGCCCGAGCCUGCAAGAUACCCAGUGAGGGGCUGCUUUUUGGCUGGAAUCGGGGGGCCCUGGAGAUCGCCCCCACCCUCCAGGAGGUUGCUCUGCCCUUCAGGUGCCCCAUGCCUGUAGAAGAAUGCCCAACUCUGGAUGCUGGCAGUGGAGCGCUGAGGUCUGAGCCGUGCCUGCAGUCCCUUCCUUUCCUCUGCCAUUACAGGCCAGGGGUAUAUCAGCGACUGAGAGAAGUUCAGAAAACAGCAGAUGGGGAGUUUAUCAGCCGAGUCAACACUCUAGCCAAUGCUACGGUGCUUUCCAGAGAUGACUUUGCAAAAGAUCCCGGCUCCCUGAGUGUGCCUGAGGCAACCAGCUUCUUGGGGAUCCUGGAACAGGCCCUGGCAGCCCAAGAGACCCCCCUCCAAGCAGCUGACCUGCUUGCUGUGGUGAGCUUCCUGAAGAGGGUUAUUGCCAUCCAGGAAGGAGAGCAAGACCCUUCUGGACAGCAGGAACAUCUCAGCCAGAGCUUCUUAGCAGUGGCUGCCCUACUAUUAGAAGAGCAAACUGAAACACAGUGGCUGGAAAUUAAAGAGAUUACCAGAAGUCCUAUGGUUCUGGUGGAGAGCGUGGACCGCAUUGCCAUCAGCCUGAGCCUCCUCCUCACAGCUGAGAAAUCCAUUAUCUCUAUCCAGAAAGGUCCCAUAGGCAUUGAAGCUCGAAGCCUGAACCUGAGAGACUUGACCAAUGGCGAAUACUACUUCAAGAAGAUUCCAGGUGGGCCAGAUUAUAUCCAAGUGCCUUUUGAGGAAAUAAGAAAACUUCAAGGAAGAGGUCUCUCCAAAGUCACGGUGAUCAACACCUGGUUUGCCUACAGUGCCCUCCAGCACUCCUUGGGUUGGGAAGGGCAGGAAGGUGGCAAAAUCCUCAGCCAAGAUGUCUCUAUACCUGAGGAAAGGUCAAAGUACCUAAGCACACAGGUAGGAUCAGCCAUCAUCUCAUCCAUAGUUCUGAUCAACCUUCAGGAGGUGAGCACAGCAGUGCAUUUCCAUCUCCUACACCAGACCCAGGACUUUUCAGAUAAACUCGUGGAGCCUAUCUGUGCCUUCUGGAACUUCAGCACCAGCUCUGAGGCUGGGGGCUCCUGGUCCAACGAAGGAUGUGCAGUGACUGCUCAGCACCCAGAAUCUACCUCCUGUUUCUGCAACCACAGCACCAACUUUGCCAUCCUCUUACAGGUGUUUGAUGUCCAGAGGAGCUCUGAGGAGGAGUCUGUGCUGAAGACACUCUCUUUCAUCGGCUGUGGAGUGUCCUUUUGUGCUCUCAUCACCACCUUCAUCCUUUUCCUGGCUGUUGGGCUCCCACAGUCUGAGAGGACCACCGUUCACAAGAACCUUAUCCUUGCUCUAGCGGCUGCUGAAGCCCUUCUCAUGUUCAGCGAAUGGGCAAAAGCCAAGAAGGUGGUGUGCAUGGUGCUGACAGCCUUCUUGCACCUCUUCUUCAUGGCUGCCUUCACCUGGAUGCUGGUCGAGGGGCUUCUGCUGUGGAGUAAAGUCGUAGCUGUCAACAAGAGUGAGGACGGGAGGAUGAGAUUUUACUACAUGAUAGGCUGGGGUCUCCCAGUGGUCGUUGUAGGUAUCACUCUGGCUUUCUCCUUUGAUGGCUAUAUGGCUGAUCAUCACUGCUGGCUUAGCUUGCGGAAAGGUGUCAUCUGGGCUUUUGCAGGACCUGUCCUUUUUGUACUGACUGUGAAUACCUUCAUCUUGUUCCGAGUGGUGAUAGUCACUGUGUCCAGUGCCCGGCGACGGUCUAGAAUGCUGAGCCCCCAACAUAGCCUGGAGAGGCAGAUUGGAGUCCAGAUAUGGGCAACAAUCAAACCUGUGUUGGUGCUGCUGCCAGUUCUGGGCCUGACUUGGCUGGGUAGCAUGCUGGCACACCUCAGCAUGGCAUGGGCAUAUGUGUCCAUCAUCCUCAACUCUUUCCAGGGGCUGUACAUAUUCCUGGUCUAUGCUGUCUACAACAGUGAGGUUAGAUUUGCCAUACAGAGAAUGAAGGAGAAGAAAAAAGCUCUCUUAUUCACAAACUGUUCUCGGCCAAUAAACUACUCAUCCAGCCCAAGGAACGCGGCUCCCCAGGAGAUGGAGAAAGGCAUUCCUCCUGUUGUCAGCAGGACCUCUACCCCAGCCACAGCCAUUUGGGCCCCAUCCCAAGGGAACAUUGUCCGCCAAGGGAAUCUCGGUGCCAAAAUCCCAGUGGGUAUUUCAUCCAUCAUGUCAUCGAAGAAGUCAAUGGAGAAACGGAGUCCCAGGGAUGAGGAAGGUCACAAGAAAAAAACAGCAGUGGAGUUGACAGCCUUCAAAUCCUCAGGUUUCUAGGGAAAGUGUCAACAUGUGACCCUAACAGAACUUGUGAAGCCCUUAGAGAAGGUUCCCUGCCCAUCGUGCCAGUCUUGGGCCAAGCUUUCGGAUGUACAUCCUGGAAAUAAGCACUCCACCCCCAGCCCAGAGGAAGAACUUGGCCAGCACCUGAAGGACAUGGGCCUUGCACAGAGGAGGCCUGAAAUAAACAUUUGUUGACUUGAAUGGUGGCACUGAAUUGAAUGGAAUA